AUGUCGGUUGGUGAUUUGUUCUUCUGGCUGAUCUUGCUGAGUAUUGCAGAAGCAUCAAAUGUUUCGUACAAUCAACCAAAACUGGAUGCUUAUGCAGUGUGGAAUCCAAAUGCGAUCCUUUUUGCAAAUUCGUCCGUGGUCGGCGCCAAUCCUCGUGGUCUUUUUGUUGAUACGAAUGACACGAUCUAUGUUGUUGAUCAAACAAACAGUCGAACUCUGAUUUGGUUCAACAACAGUAUAAAUCCAACAAGAACAAUCUAUGGCGAUAUGAGCAAACCUAUGUGCAUCUUUGUAACAACCAGUGGUGACAUGUACAUUAGUGAUUAUAAUGCGAAUAAUCAAACUCGUAGAUGGUCACAGAAUUCAAAUGGUAGUAGUCUUGUGAUGUCUACUAGUUCAGGAUGUUAUGGUUUAUUCAUUGAUACCAAUAACUCGUUGUAUUGUUCACUUUAUCUUGCCCAUCGAAUUGUGAAGCAGUGGUUAGGUAGCAAUGCAUCGGCAGUGAUAACGAUUGCUGGGAAUGGAUCAAGUGGAUCUGGAUUGAAUCAGCUUUACAAUCCUGGUGGAAUCUUUGUCACUACUGAUUUUGAUUUAUAUGUAGCUGAUUACAGAAACAAGCGAAUUCAACUUUUUCAACCUGGUCAAUCUAGUGGAAUAACAGUUGCUGGAAGUUUAUCAAUAAACGUUACAGUCACACUACAAGGCCCGAAUGCUGUCAUACUGGAUGCCGAUAAUUAUCUAUUCAUAACAGACGGCUCAGCGGGUAGGAUUAUUGGAUCAGGGCCAAAUGGUUUUCGAUGCAUCGUCGGAUGUUCUGGUUCAUCGGGUAGCUAUACUAACCAACUAUCAGGCCCGUGGAAUCUGGCUUUUGAUAGUCACGGGAAUCUAUAUGCGAAUGAAUGGAACAAUUAUCGCAUUUUGAAAUACACUUUAUUGAAUAACACUGAAGUGAAAUCAUAUAACCAACCGAAAUUAUGUUCUAAUGCCACUUGGAGUGAAAAUGGAAGUACGUUUGCCAAUCGAAGUAUGGUUGGUAGAUAUCCAUCAGAUAUAUUUAUUGAUAUCAGUGACUCGAUUUAUAUCGUUGAUAACGACAAUGAUCGAAUUCAAGUAUGGUUUAACAAUAGUAUUAAUCCAACGCGUACAAUUUCAGGCAUUUCGUUCAAUGUGAGCUCCAUAUUCGUUGCAAACAAUGGCGAUAUUUACAUUGAUAAUGGUAUUUCGAAUGGCUACGUUAACAGAUGGAUAAUAAAUACAAACAGUAGUACUCCUGUUAUGGCUAUUAAUUCAUAUUGUUCUGGCUUGUUUAUUGACAGAAGUGAUACGCUAUACUGUUCACUCUCUACUCAAAAUAAUGUUGUCAAAAAAUGGUUAGGUGAUAGCACAACGAUAGCAACUACAGUGGCCGGAAAUGUCAACGGUGCUAACGGCUCAUCUUUGGAUCGAUUAUCUGGCCCACGCGGAAUCUUCGUGAAUGAUGAUUUCGCAUUAUAUGUGGCUGAUUCUCAGAACGACCGAAUUCAAUUGUUUGAAUUAGGUCAAUCUAAUGGCGUAACAGUUGCAGGAAAUACUUCCCUUAAUAUCACAGUCAUACUGGAUACUCCGACUGGAAUUACGCUUGAUGCUGACAAUUAUUUAUUUAUUAUGGAUCGUGAUAAGGAACGGAUACACAAGUCGCAUCCACACCUAUGCCCACAUCCACAUCCACGUCCACGUCCGAAUCCACAUCCACGUCCACGUCCGAAUCCACAUCCACGUCCACAUCCACAUCGGCAUCCACGUCCACGUCCGAAUCCACAUCCACGUCCACGUCCGAAUCCACAUCCACGUCCACAUCCACAUCGGCAUCCACGUCCACGUCCGAAUCCACGUCCACGUCCGAAUCCACGUCCACGUCCGAAUCCACAUCCACGUCCACAUCCACAUCCACAUCCACAUCGGCAUCCACGUCCACGUCCGAAUCCACGUCCACAAUCUUCAUCAAGAUCAAUCUCAAUAUCGUCAUCGACGCAUACAGCACCGCUCACGCUCUCAAAUGUCACAGAUGGGCCCACGCCUACCUAUCCACCUACAAUCAGCAUAUUGUCAUCUGUAUCGUCAACUCUGACAAGCACAAUUGCAACAACUACGACGACGUCAACCAUAUCGCCGGUAUCAAACCAAGAUUGUUCCGCUCCAAAUGUCACGCUUACUCCCAACGCAUCAUCCACAACAUCACCACUUCAGUAUCGUCGAAGUCACCAUGUCUCCAUCGUUUCGCUUAUCGACUUCAAUUGUGAUCAACCAUUCGUCAUGACAACUCUAUGGACAAUCAAAACCUGUUCAAACACAUCAUGCACACAUACCAUGCCAUCCAAUCCCGCCAUCAACACAAAAUACACCGAACUCUAUAUCCCUCCAAACACACUUCCAUAUGGAAUCUAUAACUUCACUCUCACUGUUUCUGUUCCAGGAUUCUCAACAGUGUCAUCUGUCCUCAUUGAAAUAGUCAGAUCAGCCAUUAUCGUCAAUCUCGUUCAACUGGGAACACUCAUGAUCACACGUGGGCAUCAACAAGAUCUCCUCAUCAAUCCAGGAGCAUAUUCGCUUGAUCCCGAUGGAUUCGCGUUCAACACUAGUGAAUGGACCUACAGAUACUUUUGUCGAAUCUAUGGUGUGACAUCGUUUCCACAGUUCCAAGGCGCGCUAUUAACAAUCGAUGAUCCGAGAAAUGACUCCGCCAAUCCGUCGUGCUUGUCGAAUCGAACAGGAUGGAGAUACGACAGUCCCAUCAACUCAUCACUUCGCAUUCUUUCUCAUUCGCUCCAGUCCGAUCGAACAUACCAGUUCAUGGUCAUCGUGCAGAAUAUUCAAAAUAUCAACAGACAAGCGACUGGCUUUGUUCUUGUCAACGUUGAGAACACUCCUUCAUCGACGAUUGCCAUCGGAUGUGUGAUAUCGACUAUGUGUGUUGCCAAUUCAGACUAUCAACUUGUGAACCCUUCGACACAAGUCGCUCUCUUUUCGUUUUGUGUCGAGAACUGUUCGACAGCUGAGAGUAUCCAGUGGAAGGUAUAUUAUGGAAUGAGAAAUGCAUCAUCCAAUACCACCCAGUGGUAUCUCUUCAAUCAGACAAGUCGCUAUACCAAUAGUUGGUUUUUUGGUGUGGACACAACGAACUUCACAUCAACAAGUCAGCUGUUUUCCACCUAUGCACAGUGGACAAUGUGGCGAUUCGAAGUAGUGUACACAUUCGCCACAGACAUCAGUUCGAGCUCAUUGGAUUUCGUCAUCAAUCAGUCGCCGAGCAAUGGCUCGUGUUCCAUCGAUCCACCUAAUGGUAUGACAACGACCCUGUUCGACGUGACAUGUUCAGACUGGUUUGAUAGUGAUGGCAUCAAAGACUAUUCACUUUUCAUCUGGACGAGCGACCCAUCGAAACAAACUCUCAUCGCAUACUCAUCGGUGUCAACAUUCCAAGUUCAGUUGCCAUCAGGCGAUGAUCCGACGUAUGAAGUGCAUCUGAUAGUUGAGAUUCGUGAUGAGCAUGAUUGUUUGACAACAUACAAUCUGUCAUCAUCGAUUUCUGUUCAGUCUGAUUGGAGCGAAAUGAACGACUUCAUCAAAAGUGUGCAAAACGUUUCGAAUCUCGAGAUCAUUGACAGCUCGUUUGCUCAAUUACUCGGCAGUGAAAAUCAGAAUGUUGUCGGGCAAGUGAUUACUCUGCUUUCGAAUGAGUUCAACAGAAUCAGUGAUGAAAACAUGACGAAAGCUAUUUCAAAUGGUCUACCAUCAACAAGUAUCUCAGUGUCACCUUUGGGAAGUUCCAGUUCUCAACAAAACUCAGUAGCACUGAAUGUGACUGCCUUGAAUGAGUACAAGAAUGAAGUCAACUCGUAUGCACAAGUUCGAGAAUACUUGAUGCGAUUCAUUCCAAAUCUGCCUAUCACAACAUCCAAGAGUAUCCAGUUACAAGCAUCAGCCAUUGUGCAAUUGACCAAAACAACAAAUCAACUAACAAGAAACACUCUCACAAUUGCAAUAGAUCGAUGUUAUAAGUUGACAAUAGCCCUGUCCUCGUUGACGAGAGAGAUGACACCAGAGGACACAAGUGCAAUCGUAACUCUGCUAAUGCAGUGUGCUUCGAAUGUGUUAACAGCAGUGAGUGGUCCAUUACAAGAGAGAAUGAUGGUGUUAGAUGCUGAUUUUGUACGUGCAACAUCGUUUCCUCAAGAUUAUGAUUCUGAUCUGGAACUGCCAUGGUCAAAUCUCAAUUUAUUUGCUGAUGGAAACGACUUUUCGUGGUCGACGAUCGAAAAGAAUCGAAAUCGUUAUUACCAGCAACAACUGUCGAAUGACAUUAUCUCGAAAACAAAUCAAAUCAUCUCAUUACUGACCACAUCACUGAAUACGAACUUGAAUAUCGAACAGAGCUUCGUUGUGAACACAUCACAAGUGUUCAUGUCACUGGAACGAAGAUCAUUUCAAUCACUGCUGAAUAAACAAAUGAGAGCACCUGCAAAUGCACACAUCAAUCUUCCAUCGACACUGCCAAUCAGUGUCAACAACAAUCAGACAGUUUCCAUUCGACUACUGAUGGAACCACUCUCACCUGCUGGUCAAUCUCAGUCGAACACCAAUCUUUCCACAUCGAUCUCACUGACCAUUCUCGACGACGACGGACAAGAAAUCCCUAUGAAAACAGCUGAUAACACUUCCAUCGAAAUCAUCAUUCCUCGAGAUCCAAAUCUUGUCAUGCCAUCGAUGAUCUUGUACAAUGUCACUUCUGUCAACUCCACUGAUGACUCUCAUCAUCAUCAACUGUUCUAUUCUCACUACGUUAAUAUCACCACUUCUCUUCCAGUAUCAGUUCACCUGGAGAUUCGACCAUUAAAUGUGAAUGUAUCCUAUUUGUUAAUCUACAGAUUCGAUGGCAUACCACAGCUGAACAGCUCGAUGAGUCAAAUCGAUGGAUGGACACUUCUUUGUUCAUCUACUUUGACAAAUGAAAGUGUGUACAGAUACUUCUAUGACAAUGAACAAACAGUAGGUUAUCGUUCGUUGGUCAUUGGUCUCCGUGAACUUGGUUCUGCUAGUGAUUGUUUGCGCUCAUCGACUGCCAGUCAACCACCCAUAACUGAUGAAGUGUACAACUUCACGUCGAACUAUGAGAUACGAAUGUACACAUCCGGUUGUUACUAUCUUGACGGAGGCAACGAGUGGAGAGCAGAUGGAUUAGUCGUUGGAUCAUUGACUAAUCACUAUCAGACACAAUGUUAUGCAAAACAUUUGACUAAAUUCACGGGCAGUUUCAAUGUUCUACCUCAGCCAGUCAAUUGGCAGUAUGUGUUUGCAAAUGCAGAUUUCGCUCGCAAUAAGACUAUUUACUUGACGAUCAUUAGUGUAUCAGUGAUCUAUGUGCUGCUGAUCAUCUAUGCUCGUUACUAUGACAAGAAAGACUUACAAAAACUAGGAGUGACGCCCUUGCCUGACAAUCAUCCAUCCGAUGAGUAUUACUAUCAAAUCAUUGUUUUCACUGGUCAGCGCAACGAUGCAGGAACGAAAUCGAAUGUGCACUUCAUUUUGUAUGGUCUGGAUGAUCAGACAUCAGUUCGAACACUGGCUGAUCCACAUCGUCGAGUUCUGCAACGUGGUGGCAUCGAUGCUUUCAUCAUGUCAGUGCCAAAGUCACUGGGUUUGUUGAACUGUAUUCGUAUUUGGCAUGACAACACUGGCAAAAGUUCGGCAUCAUGGUUUCUGAAGUAUGUCAUUGUUCGCGAUCUACAGACUAUGGAGAAGUUCCACUUUAUUGCACAACGAUGGUUUGCUGUGGAAAAAGCUGAUGGAAAGAUCGAACAUGUGUUGCCGGUGGCUGGUGCAGCAGAGAAGAGUGACUUUUCGUAUGUCUUGUCGAAGAAGGCAUAUCACAGUGUAUCGGAUGGUCAUCUAUGGUUUUCGAUUUUUUCUCGGCCACCCUCGAAUCAGUUCACGCGUGUUCAACGAUGUACCUGUUGCUUUGUUCUCUUGCUUGUGUCAAUGUUCUUGAACAUCAUGUACUAUGACUUGCAAAACGAAGGCAAAACGAGUGCGAACAUCUCAUUCGAACAGAUCAUCAUUGGUGUGAUUGUAGAAGUGUUCUCACUGAUUCCAAGUCUUUUACUCAUACAGAUCUUCCGACGACUUCGCUCUCGUCACAAGUCACUUUCGCCAUUACGAAAGAUCUUGUACGAAAUCAAUCCUUCGCUAACAAAACAACAAGUCAAACCGAAGACAAAACACACGUUCACAUUUCCUUGGUGGUUUAUAUUCAUUGCAUAUGGCCUGUGCUUCCUGUUGGUGGCAACCUCGAUGUUCUUUCUCAUCGUUCGCGGUAUCGAGUUUGGUGAUGUGAAAACUCAGAAAUGGCUAGUGUCCAUUCUUAGUGGCUUUCUCUCCUCGGUCCUGUUGACUCAGCCACUGAAGAUUGUUGCAUUGGUAGUCGUGUUUGCAUUCUUCUGUCAAAAAUCGCACGAUGAUCAAGAAGCCAUGGAAUAUCUGGAUGAGAACGAAUUGCAUUUGGAGCGAGAUGAAGAAUAUCUGCACGAGAACAAUCUAUCACUAGUUGACUCUCGUUCAACAAUCGUACAUGCACGACUGACUGAUGCAGAAGUGGCAUCAGCACGUGACCGUCGACUGAAAGAAAUGCAGAUGUGGUCGAUCCUUCGAGAAGCACUUGUCUAUCUCAUCUUCUUUUCCACUCUCUCAGUUCUCAUCUAUUCUCAAACUCAACUCAACUCAUUUCUCCAAGUGGAUCAUCUGCGAAAAUAUCUCUGUAAUCCACGACAGCCAGAUCUCGACUAUCAGCAGAUAUCGAACCAGGCCGACUUUUGGUCAUGGCUGGAAGAGAGUUUUGUUGAGAACAUUCGUGCACAACAAUGGUACAAUGGUGAGCCACCUCGAAAUCUCAGUGGUUUCAUGAAUGAUAGAACGAAUCGGCUACUUGGUUGGAUCACCAUGCGACAAGUGCGAGUCAAAACUCAUCCAUGUUCACCCAUGCGAAGUCUCCACUUCAUCUGCCAGUAUGAUUACAGUUCUCGAACUGAACAAACCGACUCAUUCGAUCCUGGAUGGAUCAAUCAAACACAAACUAGCAGCUCCGAUUCCAUACUUAGUCAAGCAUUUCAAUAUAAAUCCAAGGAUGUCUUGGAUACUUAUCCUAUAAGCGGAAGAUUCGGUCGAUAUGGUGAUGGUGGAUAUGUGUAUGAGUUUCGUGGUCGACUAGCUGAUAUUCGGAUGAAUCUGACAAAACUUCACGAAUAUCAGUGGAUCGAUGAUCAAACACGAGCAGUGAUCAUCCAGUUGAGUUUAUACAAUCCCAAUGCUCAGCUAUUCACUUCGAUUAUUCUGCUCACUGAGUUUCUCUCUACCGGUGGAGUUGUCACACAAUCAACGAUCGAACCUAUCCAGUUCUAUGCAUUCACAUCGUUGAGUCAAUUGAUCUGUUUGAUUGUUUACAUACUGUUCAUAGUGUAUCUGAUGAUGAAACAAGUGCAGUUGAAAUGGCAAGCAUUCACUCAGUUCUGGUCACUGCUCGAUUUUGGUGUCAUUAUUUGUUCGUGGGUGGGCGUGGCGAUGUAUGUGUGGCGGUAUGUUGAGUAUAGUCGUAUUGGUCAAGUGUUUGCUGAGACCAAUGGCUUCAGUUGUUUCUUUGGUACGAUCAAGUUCAUUCGUUUGUGUCGAUAUAACUAUCGAGUUUAUUUGUUCAUCGAAACACUUCGGAUAGCUGUACGAGAGCUGAUUCCAUUUUCGUUGAUGUUUUCGGUGGUGUUUUUAUCGUUCAACUUCCUGUUCUAUCUGUUAUUCGUGUCGAAACUUGCAGCGUGUGCAACGUUUCUGGGAACAACACAGAUGUUGUUUGAGAUGACACUGAUGCAGUUUGAUGGCGACGCAUUGCUGGAUGCAGCUGCGUUUCUUGCACCGUUUUGUUUCAGUUUGUUCGUGUUUGUGGUGGUGUUCACUUGCAUGUCAAUGUUCUUGUCGAUUGUUAAUCGAAGCUUUAAGAGAGCCAACAAAAACGCAGGCGAUGUCGAACACGUAUACUCGUUUAUCCUGAAUCGAUUCUUGCAAUGGACAGGUUUGAAAGAACAGGAUGACGAUGAAAAGCAUGAUACAUCGAUACGACAAGAAUACUUUGAUUCAGUUGCAAAUUUUCCCGAGAAAAUGGAUCAGUUAUUGGGAGCAUUGAAUCGAGUGUACAUGGAUCAAAAGACGGAAAAGGAAGAAAUAAUACUUUAA